UAUUUCACCCCCGGAACAAAUAAUGAAACAGGCUAAUAAAAGUCAUUCCUGGGACAUCUCGAACUAUCACACGGAUGAAGCUGGCUUCAAAUCGCAACUAAUCAAAGCUUAAACUCAUGGUGAGAAACAAGAGAAAACAACUAAAGAUAACUUGGAACAGUUUCAACUAGAACUCGACAAUGGUUAUUAUAAUUAAGGAGUUUUAAUUAGUGUAACACAAUGACAUGCAUCAGAGUGAAGUACUUGUGGUAGACUUAACAAUCUAAAAAAAGAUAAACCGGAACCAACAUGGAUUUUAGAUUGUGUAGAACAUUGUUAGUGAUUUGUUUUUGUUUAAUUGUUUUUCCUGCAUGCUGUUUAUCUCAAAGGAAACCUUUACUGGAUUUGUGUGAAAAAUUGAAAGGUGUUGCACCUAAUGGGGACACUCUUCCAACUCUUGGUAGUAACGUGACGGUGUUUGUCAACCUAACAAACCCAAACCGUGAUACUCAUCAUAUGUGUUUAAUGAAGUUUACUACAUGUAACAACUGUAAAUUCUCUGUAACAACAAGUGACUACCCAUAUUUCAAUUUGCCGGAAUGUAGUAUGAUGCACAAUUGUAUGACUGAGGAUAUUACUGAAUGUGUUAAAGGGUGUACAUAUUUACGUAUCUUUGAUAAAGAUUAUAGGAAUGAAACAGAUGUUUGUUAUGAUAGAAAAAUUAAAAACUUUAAGAGUGAAUCCAAGACUAUCUAUAUUGUUUUCUGUUCAAAUCAAGACCGUGAUGUCUCUGAUAUCCAUUUUAGGCUUGUUCUUAAAGUUGAAGAAAAAUUGAUAAAGAUUCGUGGUUCAUCAUAUGAUAAUGUGUCUACCGGUACUAAUAUUUUGAAAUCACCAUUCUUUCCUAAUCCAUAUAACCAGAAUGGAGAAGAAUACUCGUAUGAGUUUAGAGCUGUCAAUCAAAAUGAAUAUAUACAGAUUAUUUUUGAUGAUUGGAACCUGUCACCUAGUAGUAAAAUUAGGUUUGAUUAUACUAAUGUACAAGGUAAUAUUGGCGGAUCGGCUAAUAGACCAUUUGUUAUUUCCAAUGGACCUAUGUUAAGAUUACAUUUUUAUCCUGGUAGUAAUCUAAGAAGUAAUUCUGUCAGAAGUUAUAUGGGCUUUAAACUUACCUACAAGUUUUAUAAUAAUCGUGAUUAUGCACAAAAAACUGAAACAAAUUGUGGUGGCUAUUUUUUAAACAGUGAUGGAGGAUACAUAAUGUUUAAUUCAUCACCAAAAGCUGGUGAAUAUUAUGAUUGUAUAUGGGUAGUAAAACGACAACCUGGUUAUACAAAUAUUCUUGCUAAAAUAGAAGCUUAUUCAACUCCACCAGUUUACAGUCAUCAGAACUAUGUCGAGUUAAGAGAUGGUUUAACUUCAGAAGGUAAUUUAAAAGAGAAAUUACUGUAUGAAGGAUCAUCAAAACUGUAUGGAUACCAGUCCAGUACAGGUUUCUAUAUAAGACUUAAAGGAAGAUAUAUAGAUACUAAAGAUUUUAUUCUUUCUUAUGCUUCAUACAAAUAUGGGCAGUGUGAUAAAGAACAAGGAUUUUUUGAUUGUGGUAAUGGAAAAUGUAUUUCUUCCCGGUUAUUAUGUGAUGGUUAUAAUCAUUGUGAUGAUGGUUCAGAUGAACAAACUAUGGCAUGUGGUAGAGGUAGUCGGUAUGAUUCAUCGCCUUAUUCCUAUACACUGAGUGUUGGUGUUAUAAUACCUAUAGUUAUAUCUAUAUUCCUUAUAGUUGUCAUCUGUUUACUUAUUAUAUUUAUACGAAGAUGUAGAAAAUUAUCAGCUCAACCUCUUGAUGAUACACAGAGAAUAAAUACAGUUAGUGGACAAGUACCUCGUGGAAGAAGAAGAAGAAAUAGACAAAGAAUUAGCAUGAAUUUAACAAUUUCACAGGACUCACCUCCUACAUAUGAAGAAGUAAUUCGAUCUACUCCAAUUGGACACUUAAAUAUGGCAUUCAUGUGGUCACAGCCUGAAAUUUCAAUGAUUCAGCCCCCAACAUAUGAAGAAGCUACUAGUCCACAAGGUUCUCAAUUACCGUUACUUAAUCGUCCUAUUCCAAAUAAUCCAUCCUCCAGUUCUUCAGAGGUGACUGGUGCAACAAUUGGUCCUUUUCCAAAUAUUAAUUCUUCAGGUGAUGAAUCAUAUCAGCAACGUUGUCAACAAGUAUCUUCUAGUAAUUCAACUGUUUCUGGUGAGAGACAAGGUUAUGAUCACACCCAGUCUGGUGUGAUUUCUAAUCUAUCUAAUGUUCGGGAGAACACUCGAGAUGAACCUAAAGAUGAAUUUAUUGAAAGCCUGGUUUGUUCUACUGGUCUCACUGGGAAAUCUGAUCAACAAUCUGUGCCAUCUGCAGAUGAACUAUGUUCAACCAGUGCUGAAACUGGAACAAACAAUAAUACUGUGUCUGAUCCUAGAUCAUUAGAAUCACCACAUAGAACAAGGGAAUGUGGCAUGCCAUAUAAUCCAGAAAUGUCUGCUACAGCAAGUACAAGCACUGUUACCAGACCACAGUAUCAAAAUUCUCGUGAUGUUGAUCCUAAACAAGCUCUACAAGAUUUUGUGGCACGGAAACAGAGACAUCGGAAAUCUAAUCCGCAUCAUCAAGCUGAGCGUUCUGCGUCUGCUGGUCCCCCAGAACACAGAAGACACAGACGGAAAGCUGAAUCAAUACAUUCUGCUAAUAAUUCGCCCGCACAUAAUAAUAACAGUGACAAUAGAGAAAGUGCCUCCACAGGUGGUGCGUCAACAAGUGGUCAGCAUUUAAAAAAUAAUGAAACAAGUGAUGUUUAUGACAGUAAAUAUGAUACUGAUAGAUCUACAACACAAGCAGCUGGUUCUGCUCCCGCUCAAAAUUUACCAUCUGCUUCAGACUGUCAAUCUGUACAAGAGAUGGUCAAUGAACCAGGACAAUUUUUUCUUUCGUUAAAAGUGAGUACCGAUCCAGAUGAAGAUGGGGAUGUGUAUGUUUAAACUGUUUAUGACUUUAACUUUACUAUCAUCAAGACAUAUUGGUCAUUUUUUGUGUGUGUGUGUGUGUGCGAAGGGGUGUUAAUAGUAAUCUUGAUUGUUUUCUUUUUGAGUAACUGAACUGUUUUUGCCUAAUUGUUAUUUGUACAAGGUAGUGACAUACAAAAAAGUGCUGAAUUAAUUUAUUAUUUUUAAUGUAGUUGUGAUAUAAAAUUGAAUUUAAUAGAUACCACCUAAAACUGUGUGAUUUUAUUUUUUUUUUAACAGGUAGCUUUAUACUUUAUAUAUAUACUUUUUACCCAUAUGUACAAACAAUGGUUUCUGUUGUUAUUUGCAGACAACGAACAAAAAAAUACUGUCCUGAACUUUUCAGUAAUGUUCUGAAGCGUCUUGUAAUAGUAAAUCUAAUACUAACUAUAGGCAGUUAAGACUGAAAAAUCAGAAUUCUUUUCUCUUUUGAUGAAUUUUGUGAUCAAAACUAAUUUUUUUAAAAGUUCUACAUUUUGUGUGUCAAUCAUAAUAUUUGACUAAAAAAAUUAAGAUCAUACCUUGAGUUGUUUAUUGUCCAUGCAUAUAUGAUCUAAAUGUAGGCAACCAUUUUUUAUAGAGUUGUGUAUUUUGUGUUUUCUUGUUUAAUACAAAUUUGUUCUUAUAAAUUUAACAUAUCUGUACAUAAAUAUUGUGAGCAUUUUCUAUUUGAUACUUUUUUAAAUAUACUAUUCAAAAAAAGUAGGGGAUAUUUGAUUUUGGGGGCAUAAUACUAAAAUAUGCAAAUGACUACGAAAAAAGUCACUAUAGAACCUAACAGAAGAAACAUUUCCAGUUACAUGUGACGCCCAAACGCACCAAUAGCUACCGCAUGGAAUGCAGGUGAUGCUUGGGAUCAUCAUGGCGGUCCAACCCAAGAUUUGCACGACUCUGACUUUGAAUGUUACAGUCAUUGUGGCAUUGAAUUCCAGGGUGGAAACAUCAGUUUAAUUGUUUUAGUGACCAGAAAACAAAUUUUGAUAUGCGUCGGCUUACCCAAAAUGAAAGGUUACGUGCCCUUGGCAUGCUACAGAUCGGCACAACACAGGCGGUUGUGGCGCGGACGAUGAAUGUUUCUCAGUCUGUCAUAAGCAGGCUAUGGUCCAGAUACCGUGAUACACAAUCUGUACAGGACAGACCACGCUCAGGUCGACCAAGGGCGACAACUCAAGCCCAGGAUCGAUUUAUCCCUACCUUGGCCUUGAGAAAUCGUGUCAUCACAGCAAAUCAGAUCAGCGCUCGUCUUCAAACAGACACUGGUGUGAGAGUGAGUGGCCAGACGAUUCGGAAUCGACUGCAUAGGGGUCACCUUCGCGCCCGACGUCCUUGCGUGAUCCCUUGUUUGAGAGAUCAUCACAUUCAGGCAAGACGUCGUUGGUGUAGGGAUCGUCAACACUGGGAUAAUCGACGCUGGAGCAAUGUGAUGUUUUCAGAUGAGUCAAGGUUCACUGUUGAUUUUUUGGACAGACGUAGGAGGGUGUGGCGUCGUCGAAACGAGCGCUUCCAAGACGUUAACGUCAUCAGACAUGAUCGAUUUGGGGGUGGUUCUGUUAUGGUGUGGGGAGGCAUCACUGUUGCUGGAAGAACGGCUUUACAUGUUGUUGCAGGGCGUGUUACAGGCCAGUACUACCGGGACAACAUCUUGGCAGUCCAUGUUGUGUCGUUCGCACGACGUCAUGGCCGCCGUUUCAUCUUCCAGGAUGACAACGCAAGAUGUCACAGGGCCAGGAUCGUUACAGGUUACCUCCAACAACAGAACAUCACCACAUUACCUUGGCCAGCACUGAGUCCCGACCUCUCCCCCAUCGAGCAUGUCUGGGACAUGCUUGGACAGAGGUUACGUCAAUGUCAACAACGUCCUGCCAAUGUCCAAGAACUUGCUGCUGCGUUGCAACAGGAAUGGGACAAUCUGGACCAAAAUGACCUUAGACGUCUCAUUAGGAGUAUGCCACGUCGGAUCAAUGCUUGUUUGGCAAACAGAGGAGGAUUUACCCGUUACUGACUUGGUUGUGAUGCUGUGGUAACUUUGCUGUUUGACCCCGGGUAUCAUUUUACCCUUAUAAUGGUCAGUCUGUGCCUUACUUAGUCUAACGAUCAUUUGGAAUAAAUCGAUGAAUGUGAACUUCAUUUCAUUUUGUCAUUUGUUUCUUCGUCAGUUUCAUUAGGUGACUUUAAUAACACUUAAAAAUCAAAUAUCCCCUACUUUUUUUGAAUAGUAUAGAUGAUUUAUAAAUCAAUGCCAAUCAUUAUAAUUUUAUAUGGAUGUAGAAUUGGAGAUAUUUUAUUCAACUCUUUGAUAUGUAAAGUGAACUGUUUACAAGUUUUACACAUUUUAUUCAUAAUGAGUAAAUUUUUAGAAUGUUUGUGCUGAAAAUCAUACUUUUUAAAAAAAGGUGUAUGUUAAAUGUAAUUAAUUCCUUUUUUCUUUAUUAGCUAAUAAUACACAUUUCUCUAAUAAUAUUAUUUCUUUAGUUUUUAGCAUACUGUUUAUUUCAUUACAUUUGAAUAUCAACUUUACCUGGAAGAACCUACUUCAUAAUCCCAUAUAGGCCUACCUACAUUUAAUGUGAACAUAUAUUGUAGUCAACCUGGUUGCUCUGUCCAGGAUAGAUUGAAACAUAGUAUGAAUUCUAAGUUAAAUGGGAUUCGUCUAUUAUUCACAGACUUACUACCUUAGACAUAAUGAAAAUAUAUUUUAUUCGAUUUUAACCAAACAAAUUAUCACUGUAACCCGGGUAUCAUUAAUCUUGUGUAUUUAGCACUAAUUUCUUUCACAUUCAUUCAAUAUGAUACCUUUGUUUAAAAAAUCAUAAAAAUCGCCCACAUCAGCUAAAUCGUCUGAGUGGUCGCAUAUUUAUUCUUUUGUAGGUACUUGGGGGCAUUUACAAGACAAUUUCAUACAGAUCACAUUAUAAUUUUCGUCGUUUGUUCACAAGGUUCUACAAACUGAAACAAGGGCUUUAAUUGUGGAAGUAAUUUACAGAAAUUGUUGAAAUUUGACAGUACUGUUCGUUUUACUAAUUUAAAUAAUGCAUAUAAAUUUCAUACAGAUCGGAUGAUAACUUUUGUCUUUCGAACAUUCACAAGGUUCACAAAGUAAAUGAAAUGAAAUGAAAUAGGGUUUAACUUUAGAAGUAAUUGACAAAGUUGCUGAAUUUCAAUAGACAUCUGUUUCAUAAAUUUAAAUGAUGCAUAUAAAUUUCAUCGAUCGAGCAUUAACAAGGUUGAACAAAGUGAAACAAGGGCGAUAACUCUAGAAGUAAUUAUUGUAAAUUGCUGAAAUUCAAAAGGCUUCGUGGUUUCACUAAUCUUAAUGAUGCAUAUAAAUUUCAUACAGAUCUGAUGAUAAAUUUUGGCGUUAGUGAUCACAAGGUUCAACAAAGUGAAAUUGCUGAAAUUCAAUAGGAUUCUUUGUUUCACUAAUUUAAAUAAUGCAUGUAAAUUUCACAAAGAUUGGAUGAUAACUUUUGGCAUAAGAGCGUUCACAAGGUGCAACGAAAUGAAACAAGGGACAUAACUGUAGGAGUUAUUAACGGAAAUUAUUGACAUUAAAUAGGAUUCUUCAUCUAUCUAAUGAAAGCAACAUAUAUAUCAAUUUUAAAAUAAUCGAAUCAUAACUUUUUGCUUUGAUUAAUUUUUGAAAGUGGUCAGGAAAUUAAAUACUUGCAAUUUGGACACUCAUUAUCAAAAUUAAUCAGUCAGCUUUAAACUGGACACCAUGUACAAAUUAGAUGAUUUGGGGUGAUUUUAAAUAAUUUUUACGAAUUUUUAAACAAAGAUUUGAUAUUAAACAAAUGUGAAAGAAACUAGUGCUAGAUACACAAGAUCAAAUGAUACCCGGGGUACAGUGUAUGUAACUUUACAUCCAUGAAAUCUCUUGAAAAAUUCCAAUGUGAAAAGCUAGCACCCCAAACUUAUUCUUGUGUGACUGCUGCCAUUUCUAACACCUUCAAUGGAGUAAAUCUGCUGUGGCAAAAAGUCAUUUAUCUUAGUGUGUAAAUUUUAUUUCGAUUUGUGAAAGGUAUUAAAAAAUUGUGUUUUAACAUCUAGUGAUACCUCAAUCAUCUUGUAUCUAUAUAAAUUAAUUUUAUUAUGGUAAAGUAACAGAUAUUUUUAAUGUAUGUGAUAGUUUAAUUAAUCAAGCAUGAAAUAAUGAGUAUAAGGCAUAUAGGGGGGGGUUGGAUGGCUGAAUGGUUAGCGUGCGCAGGCUAUAUCAUAAAGUCUGUCAUUGAGUCGACUGGCGUGGUUUCGAAUCCCCGGUUGUACGUGACAAGAAGUAGGGUCGCCUGUCCAACCUCGUGGGUUUUCUCCGGGUCCUCCGGUUACCUCCAAUUGCUAAAGACCCUUAUGCGAAAGCGAAUUAUUGAAAUAAAACUAAACCAUAUGUUAGUCUCGAAAAGACCUAGUUUGUGUCGAGUGGACGUUAAACCCCAUUUCUCUCUCUCUCUUAUAAGGCAUAUAUAUUACUGUGACGCAAUGUUGUUACUGCCUACCUGGGUUUCUUAAUUGGUAAAUGUCUAGUCUACAGUCAUAUAUCUCACCAGCACUUCCAGUCAAAUAAGUAGUGCUUUUUAAUUGUAUCUCUGAAUAUAUGCAUAAAGUAUAUCCAAAUCUUUUAGGGCAGAACAAAUACUGGUGCCUCUUUUGGCAAGUCAAGUCACACAGGUAUAUUUCCUUUUUAAACUAUGGCAGAUUUCACUAAGUAAGAUAGUAAAAUUUCAAAUAAAAAUGUGUCCAAUGCAAUGUAUCAAUUAGUCAUGAUGCAGCCAAGUGUUAAUAAUAUACUUUGUAUUCUAUGUUAGACUAUUACAUGAUACACAACUGUACCAACAUUCACUAACCUUUUAAAUAUAUUUUGUAUGAAUUACCAAGAAACUAAAUGGUUUUAUCAAAUAUAUGUUACAUAUUGCUUGUUAUUGGACAUUGAAAUAAAUCAUGUAACACACACUUCAA